UUUCAGGUUAUAAGGAAUAAUAAAUGGAAUACUGCUCCUUUAAGUAGGUGUUGUGUGCUGUUUCUGAUGUAACUGAUGACUGUAACAGGUUAUAACGUGUCUCUGUAAAUCUCCUCCUAUUAAGGAAGUGUUGAGUCUGAGACGACUGCAGUCCUUCAUAAACAGUCUGCAGUGUUCUGCUCUGGUGAGAUUUGGUUUAUUCUCAGUUUAUGGAGAAAUCUUUCGCAUUGAUAUAACUGUGAAAAGAAGUGAUUACUAACUGGACCUACAUAGGUGUUGUUUAAUUGUGAAUCUCUGAGUGUUCGGACUGGAGAGAACAACAGCAGCAGUAAAAUAAAAUGGCUUCUAAGUUUUCAGAGGAGGAUUUCUCCUGUCCUGUUUGCUAUGAAAUCUUCAAGGAUCCUGUUGUUCUGCCCUGCAGUCACAGUGUGUGUAAAGUGUGUUUGCAGCAGUUCUGGGAGGCCAAAGGAUCCAGAGAAUGUCCUGUAUGUAGGAGGAAGUCAUCUAAGGGUGAACCUCCCAUAAGCUUGGCCUUAAAGAACCUGUGUGAGACUUUCUUACAGGAGGGAAAUCAGAGCUCUUCAUCAGGGUCUGAAACAGUCUGCAGUCUGCACAGUGAGAAACUCAAACUCUUCUGUCUGGAUGAUCAACAGCCGGUGUGUUUGGUGUGUCGGGACUCAAGGAAACACACCAACCACAAAUUCUGCCCCAUUGAGGAGGCAGUAACAGACUGUAAGGAGGAGAUCAAAACUGCACUGAAGCCCCUACAGGAGAAACUGAAGAUCUUUAAAGACUGUAAACUGAACUGGAGUCAGACUGCAGAACAUAUAAAGAUUCAGGCCCAACACACAGAGCGUCAGAUUAAGGAGCAGUUUGAGAAGCUUCACCAGUUUCUACGAGAUGAAGAGGCAGUCAGGAUCACUGCACUGAGAGAGGAAGAGGAGCAGAAGAGUCAGAUGAUGAAGGAGAAGAUUGAGAAGCUGAGCAGAGACAUAUCAUCUCUUUCAGACGCAAUCAGAGCCGUAGAAGAGGAGAUGAGAGCUGAAGACGUCCUGUUCUUACAAAACUACAAGGCCACAGUGAAAAGAGCCCAGUGCACACUGCAGCAUCCAGAGGAGCUUUCAGGAGCACUGAUCCAUGUGGCAAAACAUCUGGCCAACCUGAAGUUCAGAGUCUGGGAGAAGAUGCAGGACACUGUCCAAUACACACCUGUAACUCUGGACCCCAACACUGUUCAUCCUAAACUCAUUGUAUCUGAUGAUCUGACCAGUCUGAGACGCAGUGAUGAGAAACAGAAACUUCCUGAUAAUCCAGAGAGAUUUGGUAAAUGUUUGUGUAUCCUGGGCUCUGAGGGCUUUAACUCAGGGACACACUGCUGGGAUGUUGAAGUUGGAGACUGUACACUCUGGGGUGUGGGUGUGAUGACAGAAUCUGCUCAGAGGAAGGGGGAGAUAUACUCCAAAAAUGGAAUCUGGUAUGUGAGGUAUUAUGAUGGUAAAUAUUGGGCACGUUCUACACCACAGAAAUCCUCUCACCUCUCAGUAGAACAGAAACUCCAGAGGAUCAGAGUGAAACUGGACUGGGACAGAGGAAAGCUGUCAUUCUCUGACCCUCUCACUAACACACACUUACACACUUUCACACACACAUUUACUGAUAAAUUACUGCCAUAUCUAUAUGUUUCUGGUAAAGAAUCUCCUCUAAAGAUUCUGCCACUUCAUAUAAAUACUGAUUACUAAAAAUUAUAUGUCAAAUUAGAUUCCAUAUUAUUAAAUGAAAUUAAAGUGAUUUUGAGUUAAAAUAAUGGUAUACUCUGAAAUAAAGAAAUAAUAAAUCAAAUUAAUGUGACAUUAAGUGUAAAUUACUAGCAUGUUUUCCUCCACUGCUUUCAGUUCAGGGCUUCAGCAAACAAAUAAAUCACAAGAGGAAAUUAAAAUAA